CCCAAAGAAUACAUUAUUUCACGAAUGUCCACCGCCUUGGCAACCUCGCAACGAUAACCUUGGGGAAUAGCCCAGGUAGAGAUGGAUAGUUGCUCUGCCACAAAAGAAAACGUAGAAGAAGAACUGGAUAUAGAAAUAAGUGGCCUCGAUAAAAAUGAGAAGACGGCGGAGAUAAAGCUGCUAAAAUACUUCCAAAGCAAGCGCUUAUCAAAUGGUGGCGAAUGCAGGCUUCUAACUUGGCUGCCGGGGAACAGAGUGCGUCUUCGCUUCAUGACAGCGGAUGGUAAGUGCUGGAGCGGGUGUUAAAGAAGCCGGAACAUGUGCUGGAAAUCAGAAAUGAGAAAUAUAAGCUGUCAGUGAGUCGCUGUUGUGGAAAUGGACAGAAUGAACCUCUGGUAUCAGUCUCUGCCAAGCAAAUAGAUGAGGAGCCUGCUAAUUUCGACAGUCUGGCACAGGAUCAUUUGAAAAAUAAAAGACAAACAAUAAUUACUGAAGUUAGUAGCAACACUUCACAUCAAUCACUGCAAAAUGAAGGAAUAGAAUCUUCUGAAAUAAAAACUGCCAUCAGAGUGGAGAAGAUGGCCAACCUGGAUAUGAAAGUUCUCCUGAUGUACUUUGAAAGUGAAAGGUGGUCUGGUGGAGGAGAAAUUGCAAAUGAGGAAGAAAUGGAUCAGUACUGGGUUUUGACCUUCAAAGAUGAAGCAGUGUCUCAUCGGGUUUUGUCCCGCUCCGACCACGAGGUGAACAAUAUCCCAUUGGUGUGUUCAGCAUUUAUCAAAAACCCCAUAAUGCAAAUUUCAAAAGCAAUUCCACGUGAUCCAAAGAGGGUACUGCUGAGUGGAUUUAUCAAGCCAGUGGAAAAACACUUCCUUGCGUUAUAUGUGGAGGCCUGCAGUUGCAUUCGUGAAUUUCAAAUAGAGGACACCGACAACAACACUUCUAAAGUUAUUACCUUCUUGACCAACAUUGAUAUAGAAAGCUUUAUAGAGUGCUGUGGGGAAAGAGAAUUCAACAAAGAACGUAUCAAAGCUCAGCAACUUCCAAUGACAAAUUGUGUGCUGAUUGAAAACCUGCCUGAACAUGUUGACGAGAGUGAGGUGUGGCUAUAUUUGGAGAGUAUGCCAGGGCCAGGAGUGAAGGUGCAAAAUGUUAAACUUGAGACUGAAGAUGAUACUGGCAUAAUCCACCUCAACAGUAUUGAAGAUGCUGAAAAACUCAUUAAGGGAAAUCUUAAGUUGAAACAAAAUCAGUUAAUAGUCCAUCGUUUUUACGAGUCGAAUGGUUUAUUCAUACUCACAGAGGAUGAAAGGGGUACCCAGGGCCUGGAACCACAUGAAUUAAAAGUAGAUCCUAUUUUGAUGGAAUUCAUUUCUUUACACCCUGAGGACUCCGCCAAGCUUCAAGAGCAAUUAAAAACACACCAGGCCAGCUUUCUGUGGCCUGUUGGGUCUGCUAAAGAUGUAAUGAAGAUUGUACCUGCAUAUGCUGAUAAUCAAGUCAUCUGCUACAAGCUGAGGAGAUGUUGGUCAAAGUCUGUGGCAAAGGAAUGUAUAGAGUUUUUCAACAAAUACAAGCAUUGCUCAGAAACGUUUAAUGAUAAUACAUUUGAGGCCAUUGUUGAAAAAGCUUCUCCAAGUCUGCAGGAAAGGAUUCAGAUCAUUCCUGACAAGACAAAUUUUCAUAUAAUGUUAGUUGGUCUGAAAGACGAUGUUGAAUUGUUUCAAGGAAAACUUUACAAAUUACAUGAUGACAUACGUUUAGAGAUGCAACGAAUCGAAAAUCUAAAGAUAUCAGAAGUUACUAUGAGGAAAUGUCAUUUAGAUUUAUUUAAAAUACAUGGGCUUGAAAAACAAAUUAUGCAAGAGUUCCCAGGUACCGUCAUAAAUUUCGAUCUGGAUAAGAAUAAAAUACUAAUAGAAGGACCAAAAGACAGUGCCAAUGAGGUUAAAUCUAAAAUUAUGGAAGUUGUAAUACAAUGUUCUGAAAAGAUUUUGGACAUUUCUCAAGAUAUAAAAACAUUUUUAAUGCAGUUAAAUAAUGAAGAAUUUAUUCAAUAUGCAUUUUGUAAAAAUGGCAUUCGGGCUACUAUGUCAGAAAGGGGCAAGGAUAUUACACUUAUUGGUGCCAGUGAUGAUGAUUUAAUUAAAGCAGAAAAAUUGUUUCAUGAAUUAGUUGUACAAAUGAAAGUUAAUCUCAAGGAAGAAUUUGAUUUGCAAAAAAAGUCCAGGGAAUGGGAAGAAUUUGUGGAAGGCAUAAAGAAGAAAAAAGAACUAUCGAUUGUUGGAAUAACAGGGGCCCCAUUUCAAAUUCACAGAGUUUUUCAAAGUGAUAAGGACAUUAUUCUUACAGGAUUAAGAGAUGUGAUUAAAACGGUUGAAAGGGAAAUAAAAGAUUUCGUUGAAAAUAAUAUAAUAGUAACAUAUUUCUUCCCAUUAAAAUCUUUAGGUGCAUUGUCUUACCUUGACAAAUAUUGUGACGUUGCCAGUCAGCUACCAGAUUGUUCAAAAGUCAUAUCGCAAAAACAUACAUCAAACGUAUAUGGCUACAAUAUAAGUUCGAAAGCAAAGGACAAAGAAAAAACCAUAAACAUUUUAGAACAAUUAUCAGCUCGUGUUAUUUCAAAAACGGUGACUAUUCAAAAACCAGGCGCUGCCAAGUAUUUGCGUGGACAAGGUAAAGUAAUUAUGACUAUGUCAGAAAUUAAACACAAAUGCAUAAUCCUUAUUGAUCAGCCUAAAGACCAACAAGGCACAGAUUUGUUGCAAAUUCACACUGGUCAAUUAAUAUGCCAAAUUACACUGAAUAAAAUAACAGUGUCUGUACAAAAAGGAGAUCUUCAGCAUCAUUGUGUAGACGUGGUAGUGAAUGCUGCAAACAGACAGUUGAAUCAUGUUGGUGGUCUGGCAAAAAGUUUGCUUGAUGCAGGUGGGAAAAUCAUUCAGGAUGAGAGUGACAUAAUCGUACGCAAUAAAGGUUCCAUUUUAUUGGAAGGAGAUGCUGUUUUUACGAAAGCAGGAGCUUUACCUUGCAAGGCACUGAUUCAUGCCAUUGGCCCUGAUUGGGACUCUAAUUUAGCUGAAACCAAGAUAAACACGUUGAAACAAACGAUUCAUAAAAGCCUUCGUCUGGCUGCAGAUAAGGAAUAUCAAUCUAUUGCAAUACCAGCAAUAAGCUCUGGAAUAUUUGAAUUUCCUUUGCAACUGUGUUGCGAAACAAUAUUGUCAACAGUAAAAGAAUUCUGUGAGACGGAUGCAAACGAUUCCUCCACUCUCAAAGAUAUCCGACUUGUUAACAAUGAUGAUAUCACUGUGAUGAUGAUGAAGGAAUGCUUCAUAACAGUUUUUGGUCAAACAAAGCUGAGCUCUGCUUUCAAUAAUCCCAAAAUAUCAAAUAAAAACACUUUUGAAAAAGACUUUACCAAAUUGAAGAAGACGGGUUUACAUACAUUCCAAUCAUCUUCCUCGCAAGCCGAGUACAAGCGUAAAGAAAAGGGCACAACCGCAAAAAUAACUAAACCAGCACAACCGCAAAACCGAAAUUUGCUUCAGACAUUUGAAGGCCUGGAUAUACAGUUGAUUAAAGGAAACAUAGAAAAUGAGCAGGUGGAUGUGAUUGUCAACACUGUCUCGAAUAAUUUAGAUUUAAGCUAUGGAGGAGUUUCAUCAGCACUCCUGGAAAAAGCUGGUCCACAGUUACAAACGCUUACAACAGCAAUAUCAGGAGGACAAAAUGCAGAUGAUGGAGAUGUAAUAGCUAUAAAAAUUAAAGAAUGCAAAUUGAAAUGUCGUGAAGUCUAUCAAACUGUCUGCUGUCAAUGGGAUGAAAGCAUAGGUGAAACGGUCCUGCGGAAAAUAAUUUCCAGUUGCCUCCAGAUGGCCCAUAAAUCUAAAUAUCAAAGUGUCGUUUUUCCCGCCAUUGGCACUGGUAAUCUGAAUUUUCCAAGAGCUAUCACAGCAUGCAUAUUUUUUGACGAACUGGUGGACUUCAGCAAAAAAUACCCAAAAACACCGAUUCAGUCUGUCAGAAUUGUGGUAUUUGGAAAGGACGAAUCAACGUAUGCGGCCUUCCAAAAAGAACUGAACACAAGAAAGGAAGACAGAAAACAUGGGGGAGUACAACAAAGAUUCGGAGAAGGGGAAAGAGACUUGAGUGGAGAAUUUGCUAAAGGGAAGGCACAAGAUUGGGAAAUGGUUCGAGAAAGUGAGGUUUCUACUCUAAAAAAAGAUGAUCCUUAUCAAGAUCCGAGUCAGCCACACCAGAGAUCACUUCAGAUCAUGUUUGGAAAAGUGACUGUGGAGAUAAUUCAUGGAAACAUAAACUACUAUUUCGAUAAUGCUGCUUGUAACAGGACUGAUACGUCCCUUGGGUCAAUUGAAGUGCCAUACAUUGACUAUGUUGCACUGCUCACUGGCCCUGGAAAUCUUCAAUGCGACUGUUUCAUUCGUGUUAACAAAGGAUGUACACAGGAUGAACUUUUCCGAGUAUUUAGUAAUACUCUGUCAAAAUGGGAAGAUCGAGGGAUGACAUCUAUCUCCAUGCCAUUGAUUGGAACAGGUGUUCAAUGGCUGACAGCCCAACAGUCUGCUGAGGCUUUAUUUGAUGCAGUAUCUGAAUUUUCUACUCAUAAGAAACCGAAGAAACUUAAUAUCAUUCAGGUUAUGGAUGAUAAUCAAGGGACACUUGAGGCUUUUCAUCAGGAAAUACAGCGCAGACAGGAAAAGUCUACUGCUCAAGACAAGGGCUUCUGGUCUUAUAUGUCAAGAGGUUUCGGAAAAUUGAAAUCCAUCGUGACAGUUACAAGCGAAGACCAGCAACAAACUCAGUCAAGCCAGAUUCCAUUUAGGAUUGAACCAAUCCACAUUCAGCUCACGUCUGACUCAGAAGACUGCUUCAAUCUAGUAAUUACGGAGAUAGAGGGAAACUUAAAUAAGGAAAAAUGUGAAAGGGAGAUAAAUAAUGAAGUUAUUUUACAGUUUGGAGAUGAGGAAAGAGAGAAAAUAUUUCUUAUGCAAGAUAAAAACCAAGUUUUCAUUACAAUUGACACAAACAAUAGUGGCUCAAUAAAGAUCCAAGGUAAUGCAGCUGAUGUAUGCCAGGUUUAUUUUGAACUCCAUGACGUGAUAAGCAAUGUAAAUCAGAGGAUUGCGAAAAUACAACUAGAAACUAUGAUGUUUGAUAAAGUCACUUGGAUGUACCAACAACAGGAAACGUACAUCCCAUUCAGCCCCAAAUCCAACGCCCUCAUUGAAGAAGCUUAUAUAAAAAAUGAGAUUAAUGUUUUUAUAGAAGAAGAUGGUACUAAGUCACUGGUCAAGUUAAAAGAAAAAACCAUGAACAAUGAAGGUAUAGAGGUUAUGAUUAAACGAAAACUUCCCACUGACAAUAUUCCUGUUGAAUGGGCAGACAUGAGUAAUUUGGGACUGGACAAGUUUAUGAAUGUAAACCUGCAUCCUUCAUCUAGUUUGUACAAAAUAAUUGCUCAAGACUUCACUUCCUCACUUGAACUCACAAGCACUGCAGCUCUCGUGAUUGAAGAGAUAAUCCACAUUCAAAACCCAUCACUCUGGAAUGGGUACAUGACAAAAAAAAAAUCAUUAGAAGAUGUUGUGAAAAAUGUUGACAUUGAAAAGAUUCUCUACCAUGGGACCUCUCAUAAGACUUGUGAAAACAUCAAUGCCAAUGGAUUUAACAGAGCCUACUGUGGAAAAAAUGCUACAUUGUAUGGAGAUGGCGUGUACUUUGCAGUUAAAGCUGAUUAUUCUGCAAAUGACACAUACUCGCCACCUGAUGAAAAUGGUUCCAAGUACAUUUACAAGGCACGUGUACUGACUGGAAAAUAUACCAUUGGAAAGGAAGGAAUGAAACAACCUCCACCCAUAGAUGAGAGUGUAAGCUUGGUGCAAUUGUUUGACAGCGUUACAGACAACUUAACCAAUCCAGAAUUAUUUGUGAUAUUUCACGACAGCGACGCUUACCCUGAAUAUCUCAUCAAGUUCCAGUUUCCUUAGACCAAGAAUGUGACACUUUUGUGGCAAUCAUGCCACGUUGGCAAUUGGUGUUUCGCUUGGGAAUCCUCGAUCUUAAAAACAGAAUUACCGCAUUUAAAUUUUAUGGUUUGCAAGCCAUCGUUGGGCCAAAUGCAUGUUUACACGAUUUUAACAGGUUCUUUCAGAUUAUGGACAUCGUUGGGAUGAGGUUAAGGGUGUAUUUUAUAGCUUUAAAAUGUAUGGUAUUCUAUUGUGGGUUGUUUCAUUUUGUUAUACAGUAACCAAUUAAUAAAAUGUAUAGCUUUAACAUU